AUGGCAUCAAGGAUUCCACAGAUGCAAUCAAAGGUAGCUCAAGCAUCAGCAGCAGUGUCAAACCAUGGAAGUUCCUAUUACAAGCUUUUAAUGGAGCAGAACAAACACUAUAUCCAAGAACCACCUACGGUUGAAAAGUGUCAAUCAUUGGCCAAACAAUUGUUCUAUACUCGACUCGCAAGUAUUCCUCAUCGUUACAGUGUAUUGAGGAAGGAAUUGGACUAUGCUAAGAACAUAAUGAAGAACAAGCAGGAUCUGAACUUGGAGAAUGCUGGAUAUGCUGCUUUGUUUGGACUUGAGUGUUUUGCAUGGUUUUGUGGGGGUGAGAUUGUAGGAAGAGGAUUCACUAUCACUGGCUACUAUGUUUAA